CUAACGAUGAUGACGCAUUUGAGAAGUCUGAGAAAUAUAAAUACUAAACGAUUCUCUACAACACAAAUUCGUUCAUUUGCCAAUGAACCACCAAAAGUUGAAUACGACGAUAAGCAAGUGAAAGUAAAUUGGGAGAGUGGCAGAACAUCUAGUUUUCAUAAUAUUUGGUUAAGGGACCAUUGCAGAUCACCUCACUCGUUUCAUAGCAUAACGAAACAAAGGCUGGUGAAUACAUCACUCAUACCAUCGAAUAUUAAACCAAUCAAUAUAGAAUCGACUCCUUCUGGUUUGUCCAUCAAAUGGAAUGACGGUACAGAGCAACCAAGCUCUUAUCCUUGGAAAUGGCUCUAUCAGUCAAGUUACAAUCCUAAACUAGUCGAUGAUACUCAAUUAAGGAAGAAUGAAAAAGUAUUAUGGGACUCUAGAAUCGCUAACAACCCACCAACUAUACCAUAUGAGUUUGUCAUGAAUGAUGAUAAAGGUGUCUUGAAUUGGUUGUCUAAAAUUGAAAAAUACGGUAUUGGUUUUGUUGAUGGUGUAACACCUACCGCAGAAGCAACAGAAGAGUUAACAUCUCGUAUUGCCUUCAUUAGAGAAACCCAUUAUGGUAAAUUUUGGGAUUUUACGGCAGAUUUAAAACAUGGUGAUACCGCUUAUACAGAUAUCGCAUUAGGUGCACACACUGAUACAACCUACUUCACUGAUCCGAUCGGUUUACAACUCUUCCAUCUCCUCCAACCAGCAACUAGUGGUGGUGGUGAAAGUCUAUUCGUUGAUGGCUUUUACUGCGCUCAACAAUUAAAAGAAAAGGAUAUUAACGCUUUUAAUACACUAGUUAAUACACCUAUCCCUGCUCAUUCUGUUGGUAGUCCAGAAGCUAUCAUGCUUCCAUCGCAAAGAUCUGGAUACCCAAUUAUUAAUCUUGAUAACUUAACACAAGAUUUGUUGCAAAUUAGGUACAAUAAUGAUGAUCGAUCGGUUAUGACAAACCUUCAACCAGAAAUGAUCGAAGAAUUUUAUAGAAGUUUAAAACUUUGGAGUGAAAUUAUAACUGAUAGUGCAAAUGAAUAUUGGACACCACUAUCCGCCGGUAGAGUAGUUUUGUUUGAUAACUGGAGGGUCUUACAUGGAAGGGCAAGCUUUAAAGGGAAAAGAAGACUUUGUGGUGCUUACAUAAAUCAUGAUGAUUAUGCAAGUAGAUUAUUGACCCUUAAGGAAAAAUUUUUGGACGAGAAUUUGAGGAACACUCAUGGAACAUUGUUUUAAGUGAUUAAGUUCUGAAAUUAACUAUGACAUUCUAUCAAAAGUUAAUGCUUGUUGUAUAUAAAUUUUUAUCAAAAAAAUACAAACUAAUCACUGCGGUUGUAGUGCCUAU